GCAAAAACCUUUUUAUGGCAAUGCGUGUGUGUUUGCAAUUUAGUGCAAUUUUAUUGAAAUGGAGGAUUAAGGUGCCCCACCCUUCUCUUGCAUCCAGCGGAGCUGGCCAUGGUGCUGAAUGCACGCUGAGUUGAAUGCACGUUGGUGGACAAGAGGCUGGUUGACUCCUCGAUGAUGCCGUCUUGCAGCAUUUUAUUCACCUUAGCCUCAAUGGUGCAACGCUGAGCCUCCAGGACUCGAUAGGGAUGCUGGCGAAUGAUCCUGCCAAAGGACAUUUUGAUAUCGUGCCUCACCAGGUGAGCGAGUCUUGGUCUGAUGCAGAACACGCCAUGAAAUUGAUCGAUUAACUCGUCCUACCAUGGUAAUGGAUCAUCUCCAAUCCACCGUUUUACUAAAUCGACAUGAUACAGCUCAAUAUUUUUCCUCUUACCAGGCUGUUGCAGUCUGUAGUCCACUGGUCCCACUUGCUCUAUAAUGGUGAACAGCCCAUGCCACCUAGCAAGGAACUUUCAGUUAGUACUGGGUACCAGUAGGAGCACUUGAUCUCAGGUGCUGGAAAUUACUCUUCGCCUUUUUAGUUGUGCUUUUCUUUCUAUGUGCUCUUUAACAUAUGGGGAGUAGCUGAUCCCAAUACUGGUUGCUGUUACCACCACUCACCAUAACAUCCUCUUCAGGUCUGAUUAAAACAUGCCAUCGGUUUGUGAGUGUGAGUGGUACACUACUGUUAGGAUCCGUUUGAUCUGCAAUGACAGACAUUUAUAUUUGUGAUUAACUUGACAUAAAUAGGCUACCUUGAUCCAUGAGCAGCUCCUUUGGUAGCCCCAACAUGACGGAAGAGUAGCACAAGCCUCCUGAAAAGAACAUAUUGAUAUUUAUGUAUUUAGUAUGUCAGACUGAUAAAGUUAUUCACAUAGGAAGUGUUGAGUACAAAUAAAGUGGUGCACAACAAUUCACUGAUAAAUUGGUUAAAUAGGACAAAUAGUGUGUGCUAGUCACACGGGAUGAUGCGUCCACCUGAAAUACUCAGUUUGCAACGUACAAAAACUUCACACCCACUGGUAUCAGGCGUGGCUUCCCGUCACGGCUCAUAUAACCACAAAGCACCAGCAUUCUUGAAAGAGCUACAGUGAAGUGUGAAAUCGGAUUAGAGUCGCUGCACAUGCAAAUGGAUUUCAAAAUACUUCUUCUGAUCCUGUGCAUCACCUUCGCCUCAGUGCAAGGAGCUGUUCCAUCAUGCUGCCUUAAAACAGCUCCAAUGCCUAGGAGAGUAGUGGUGAAAGCGAAGAGCUACACUAUACAAAAUGCCAAUGGUCACUGCGAAAUUGACGCCCUCGUUGUGAAGAUCGGAUCAGAAUCACUGCACAUGGAAAUGGAUUUCAAAAUACUUCUUCUGGUCAUGUGUAUCACCUUCGCUUCAGUCCAAGGUGCCAUUCCACGAUGCUGCCUUAAAACAGCUCCACUUUAUAGGGACUUAGUGCGGAGAGCGUGGUACUUUGAAAUACAAAAUACCAAUGGUCCCUGCGAGAUUGAAGCCCUCGUGCUGUAUUUCAAAGGGAAUAUCAAAAUCAAGACAGCAUGUGUACCACUCUGGCAAAAGAAAUAUCUGCCUGACUGGAAGUUAAAAAAAAUCUAAGUAGUAAUUGUGAUACUUUGUUUUUACUGCCAAACAUCAUUCUGUCGAUUAUUUCUUAUUUACUUUAUUACUUUCCUCAUUGCCUCAAACUUUACUCGGAAUAGUCAUUUCUCAUCCUGCUAUUGUCAAUCAAAACAGCUCCGUAAAUGCUUUUUUUUUUCCCUCUAGAUGCCGAAUUUGUUUUUGUGAAAAACAUUUGAUGUGACUGAAAGAGCCCUCGGGUUGUUAGAAAAUGUAAUAAAUGCUUUUAAAUGCUUUUAUAACAAAUAUAUUUAAAAAUUACAAUAACCCAGUGGAAGAAAUUUAUCCUGAUGGACUAAUUCAUAGGCGUUUUUUUUUUUUUACAAGAGUUGUUUCUGAAGGUGACAAAACAUGCAAAGGUACAAAGUUUGCCUCAAAGUUUCCAAAUCUUCCUUUUUUGCAGGAAAAAUGUUUUAAACAUAAGUUUGUGAAUUAAAACACUAUAAAUGUUAAGGUUUUGUCUUUGAAUAGCUAAACGGUAAAAUGCUGGGUUUUAUGUACUGCUGCUCACUACAUUUCUACAUCUAAGUGUUUAAUUUCUUUUUUCAAUUCUAAUGCUCUAAUUCAUUAAUCCGAUUCAAUAAAUGGAACUUCUUGA